AUGAGUCGCCAUGUCGCGAACAUAGGCCUCCGACACCUCCACUCUUUACCGCCACGACUCGAUGCGCCGGCUGCCAUUCGUCCGGUUACGUCAGGACUGCUGCAGCGUUCGGUCGCAGCGAGUACUUUUGGGAGAGGCUUCAGCACAAGUCAGAAUGCUGCAGCCAAGGAUACGAGAUUAUGGCGUGGCGGGCUGCCGUCGAUAGCACCGCAAGCAGUACGGCGAAGUGCUGUCCUGCACGACGUACUGGUCUGGCGCCGAGGAUGCAUACGGGAAACACCACAGAUAUGGAGCCAAAGGCGCUUAUUCAACGAGCGCAAGCCUCUCAGAGAACACCCACGACCUUCGCAGAGCACCGAUAAAUCCAUUCGCGACCAGAAAGGAACAUCAGAACAUCUACAUCAGGCGCAACAGCAUGCUCCAGAGGGCGCGGACAAGAGCAUUCUAGACCGCCUGCCGCACCUCCACAGACCGUCGAAAGAGGAGCUGCUCUCCGCUGCGACCGGUUUCUGGCAGCGCAUGCGGAUUCGUUUCAAGUGGAGCACCAUCCGGAGCGUGCGACCCUACACACUCGAUGAGAUAGGCGCAUUCGCCUCUUGGGUGUUUCUCGGACAUGUGGUAUGGAUUGUGAUCGGUACCACAACGUUCGUAUCGCUUGCAAUCUGGGCCAUCAACACGGUCUUUGCGCAAGAGACGGUAGCGGGAUGGGUGGGCAACUACUUGACGAAGUCCUCGGGCAUUAAGGUUGUCUUCGAGAGCGCUAUCGUCCCCACAUGGAGGUCUGGAGUCAUUACUUUCAACAAUGUUUUCGUGUCUCGGCGGCCAGGGAAGCAGACGAACCGCGAGCGGAGCGUCAGCAAGGGCUCUUCCACAACUGCUGCCGCAGCGGCAGAAGCAGCCAUGGCGGCAGCAAGAGAGCCAAACGUCGAUGCUGAGGAUGAUGGCAACUACACUCAGUUUGACGUGACCAUCCAGACAGUGAACGUUACAUUGUCGUUCAGGAAAUGGUUCAACGGCAAAGGCCUGCUGCACAACGUUGAGGUGCUGGGUGUCCGCGGGGUGAUUGACCGCACGAAUGUGCGCCGGACAGAAGAAUAUGUUGACCCCAAAAGCUACCGCCACAAGCAUAAUACGGGCGACUUCGAGAUUGAGGACUUCAAGAUGAGCGACGUUCUUCUCACCGUGCAUCAGCCCAACGAGUUCCGCCCAUUCACCGUCAGCGUCUUCAACUGCGAGCUGCCUCGUCUGAGAAAGCAGUGGCUGUUCUACGACUUCAUGAGCGCCAACAACAUGAGCGGCUCCUUUGACGAGUCUCUCUUCACUGUGCAUCCUCGUCAAGUGCACGGCCAGACGGGCGUGGCACUCAACCCGGACGGCAGGGAAGACGAAGAAGGUAAUCAAUGGAAGAAGCACAGUCGACUGCGAAUUGAUGGCUUGAAUAUCGAUCACCUCAACCGAGGCGUUGAUGGCCCCUUUUCUUGGAUUUACGAAGGCAAUGUCGACAUUGUUGCGGACGUAAUGAUCCCCAACGACGAAGACGGCAUCUGGACGCAGUCGUGGAAGAAGUCUGCAGAAGCGGUGUCAGAAUUCUACGACCGAGUAGAAGCCAGCGUGACAGCAUCCGCGAUCCAGCACCACCAGCACCAGCCGCGCCAUCCACAGACCCAGUCCUUUGAACAAGGCCGCGAAGGCCCCAUCCCAGCCUCUGAACCCGCACCAACGCUCGACCACCGCCACUCCCAACCCUCCGAGCACGACCGCCCCCUCAUCCUCGACAUCAACUGCACCCUCACCUCCAUCCGCGCCCGCGUGCCCCUCUUCACCAAAGACCUCAGCUACGUCAACAACGCCCUCGUCCGGCCCAUCGUGGCCUACAUCAACUCCCGCCACGGCGCCUUCAUCCCCGUGCAGUGCCGGGUCGUCAAGUCGGUGUCGGAGUUCGACGGCAGCUGGACGAUUUUUGAUAGUGGGUUGUUGGAUGAUUUGAGCAGGGAGGUGUAUGGGGCGAUUGCGAGGGAUGUCGAGGAUAAGGGGGCGAGGAAGAGGAGGAUGCGGAAGGUGGGGUGGUGGGGGGUGCAGGUUGUUGCGCAGGCGUUGUUUAUCGGGCUUGCGGGGCAGCUGGCGUGA